AUGCGGUCCUCUUCAUUGUCCAUCCUCCUCGGCUGGAUAGCGCACUACUCUGUGGCCGAGCAAAUACAAAUUGGCAAAGCCUGCGGCGGCGUUUCUGGCAUCACCCACUGCAACUCUCAAUUCUUCACGUACCCGACAACCACAGAGAGGAUCCUAUGCAUGUCACCCUACGAAACGACAGGAUCUUUGGACGAUUACUUUUCCCGAUCCAUAUACAAUCUUGAGAGAUGUAUUGCCGACGACGGGAUUACCAUCAAGACCGACCGACCGACCGUUAUUCAGAGCCAGAUCUCUAAUACACGCGGCUGGACCGUCGCUCGUGGACCAGAUGUUGACAUGCCCCUGUAUCGCCAGCUCGUCAAAGCAAUGGAGCCAUGUGAGCUAGACGGCUGUGAUCCUGUCAAGCUUCGUGACUUCUUUGCCGGUUAUAUCAGCAAUGCAGAGGGUAUUACUGAUAGCGAGUUUGUUCGUAUGCUGAAUACUUGGGUGUCCAUCUUUGAGACCCUCAAGAAGCAGGUUGCUGCUGUCAGCCAGGCUUCCGAGCUUGUUCAGACCCGCCUAGCUACUGUUAAUGGCAAGGUUGGCUCCACCAGGGCGAGCGUGUGUAAGGGGACGGCUUGCAAGAGCUCAACUGUCACGGCGCACUUUGGCAAGAACUUAGUCUCUACCAUGCUCUCGACCGUCAAAGGCCUUGGGGCCGUCACCGGUCUCUCGGACAAGGGAACAAAGAAUCUCCCCGGCAUGCUCUCUCUGACCAAGAACUCCCUCUCAUACACCAAAAGCGCGGCGGAAGGAUCCUACUACGUCGACCUGUUUCAGAACUUCAAGAUGAGCACCCUCCGCGACUUUGCAAAGGCGUUCAAGGUGACCGAAUACUUUCCACCGGCGGUGGAAAAGAUCAAGAACUCUCUUGUUCCCAUUAGCGACAUCAAGAAGUAUGCUGCGCAAGGCCGAACGGGAUUGACUCAGAUCGACUAUGUGCUUGGUGUUCAGUGGUCCAAGAACAAGGAACUCGCGAAAACUGCCGCAGGUCGCAAAGUUCGCGAUGGGUUUAUCAACAUCCAGAAGAGCGUAAAAACCGAGCUCAGAACACCCGUGUAUAACCUCAUCAAGGCGAUCGACGCCCUACAGGUCACCGUGGACAAGCUCCCCCUGACAACGAAGAAGCUUGAGUGGAGCUUUGGUGCAGCCCCAUACAACCGAUGGAGCGAGCACGAGAUGAAGGUCCCCUGCGCGCAGGAAAAGACACAGACCUUUAUGCUCAAUGGAUGGCCCUCAGCUCCCUUCACGUGGACAGAGGUCACGUCUUGCGAGUGGGGACCUACCAAGAUCCCUUACUCCAAGAACUUUAUCCCUUAUAUCAAGUACCGCUUUGUUUAG